CAGAGCUGCUGUCUGGACACUCCUACCAAGCUGUGUGUAUAAGAAGAGAAAUCAGUGGUGAUAAGGUUGAACAACUGGGCACUUCUUCAAAGGAACAUCCUCUUACUGGCAGAGACUUUGAAGCUGGAAAAUGGUGGAUUAUUCAGUGACCGUACACACCGGCUAUCUUGCCGGAGGCAGCACUAUCAACAAGAUCAACAUUAAACUGGUGGGCACAGAUGGAGAGAGUGACCACGAAUGGCUCAAGCCCUGGAAAGGAGCUUUAACCUUCUUGAGGGGACAAAGCUCGCACUUUAACGUGUCCUGCCCCACCUCCCUUGGAAAGCUGCUGCUGAUCGAACUAGACAAGCAGAAUCUCCUGAAGGUGACAGAGGACGCUUGGUUCGCUUCCAAAGUGGAAGUGAAAUCCCCAGAAGGAGACACCUACAACUUUCCCAUCUACCGCUGGAUCAGUGACAACGAAGUGCACCAAUUCAGGGAGGGAACAGCUCUGAGAGUCUUUGACGACACCCAUCAUCUUGGCAGGUUCAGUCGACAGCAGGAGCUGAAGCAGCGAGAGGAAGACUAUCGCUGGCAUGUAUAUGCGGAGGGAAUACCCCACUGCAUUAAGACCGAAGACCCUUUAUCAUUGCCUCGUGAGGUCCGCUUCUCUUUCACCAAGAAAACAGAGUUUGACUUCACAGCAUCCGCAGGAAUGGCAGCGCUGGGGCUGAAAGGAUUGACAGAUUCUGUGGAGCCGUGGACUCGUAUUGAUGACAUCGGUCAGGUGUUUCUCCUCAGACGGACUCCAAUAUCAGAGUAUACUCAAGAACACUGGAAGGAGGAUGCUUUCUUCGGCUAUCAGUAUCUAAAUGGUGUCAACCCCAUUAUGAUCCAACGCUGUAAAGUCCUGCCCGGUAACUUUCCUGUUACUGAAGACAAGAUCUUCCUCCACGGUCACUGUAAACUGACUGAUGAAAUGCAGAAAGGCAACAUAUAUCUGUGUGACUACAAGCAUUUGGAUGGACUGGAAGCAAACCCCGUCAAUGGGAAGAAGCAGUACUUGAUGGCUCCCCUCGUUCUGCUCCAGAAAACUCCUGAUGAUAAGCUGAUGCCAAUUGCCAUUCAGCUGAAGCAGAAUCCAGCAGAUGACAACCCGAUCUUUUAUCCUACUGACUCUGAGUACGACUGGCUGAUGGCAAAGAUUUUUGUGAGAAGUGCGGAUUUCAGUGAGCAUCAGCUCAACGUUCACCUGCUGCGCACUCACUUGCUGGCUGAAGUCUUUGCAGUGUCGCUGCUGCGCAAUGUGCCCAUGAUCCAUCCUCUGUACAAGCUUCUCAUCCCUCACACUCGCUACACUCUGCAGAUCAACUACUUAGCUCGGCUUCGUCUAAUAUCUGAGAGUGGAUUUUUCACUCAGUUUGCAGCUUCUGGUGGAGAGGCUUUGGUGACGAUCCUGAAAAGAUCUCUGUCUGAGAUUACCUACACCUCCCUCUGUAUGCCAGAUGACAUUGCAGAGCGUGGCGUGGAGGAUGUGCCGAACUACUACUACAGAGACGAUGGACUCAAGCUAUGGGACGCCGUCUACAAGUUUGUGGAGGGGAUCCUUGGCCACUACUACAAGAGUGAUGCUGAGGUCCAGCAAGACACUGAACUGCAGAAGUGGACUUCAGACAUUUUUGAACAUGGAUUCCUGUCCCAACCAAACACAGGGAUUCCACAGAGCCUCACCACUGUACCUGAGAUGGUCAAGUUUGUUACCAUGGCAAUCUUCACGGGUUCCGGCCAGCACUCAGCUGUGAACACUGGACAGUAUGACUACGGUGGCUGGAUGCCCAACACACCCGUCUCCCUGCAACUUCCCCCACCCACCACAAAGGGGACGACAAGCGAGGCCACGAUGCUGCAGACGCUCCCUGAUGUUAACACAACAGCUCAGGGAAUGGCAGUCAUGUGGCUACUCAGCAAGCAGUCCAGCGACUUCGUUCCUCUUGGCCAGUACCCCGAGGAACAUUUCAGUGAAGAGGUUCCCUGCAAGAUGAUACAAAACUUUCAAGGAGAGCUUGAAGUGUUGAGUGCAGCCAUCAAAGUCAGAAACAAGGGUCUGGAGGUGCCAUACAAAUACAUGGAUCCAAAAGAGGUAGAAAAUAGUGUGACCAUUUAAGCAGUAGAAGGUGUGACCUCCUGUGAAAAUUCAUACUAAAGAAAAAGGCCACAGAGGAAGAACUGUAUGUUGUCAUUUUAACUGAUACUAAGCCACUGUUUGUGAUCCUUGCAUGCUGAUGUUUGUUUUGUAGGCAGGCUCAUAGAUUUAGCUGUAAUGAAAAAGGAUUGCUUCACUUCAUAAUCCUGAAUCCUCUUCUUAGUUGAUCACUGAAUUUGCUUUCUGAAUCUGCAGCAUUAAGAAGUGUUAUUGUAAGGUUGGUUUUUGUUGUGAAAAACUUUUCAUUUUAUUAGUGCUGGGCAACGAUUACAACUUUUUAUCACAAUUAAUUGCAUUGUUAUGCGUAAAAUUAAAUAAUGAAUUUAGAAGCACUGUAUUCUACACUUUUACUUUAAAAAAUACUGCUAUAUGAACAAAAAUGAAAUCUCAUCUGGUUUGCAAACACUUCAAGCAAAUAAAGUGCUUUUUAACAGCA